UUUAAGCAGUGGUUUGCAGUGGUAUGCCAGGUCUCCACUAACCUGAUUUUAGCAGGUGCAACAUCUUUGUGGAACAAUAUUGUGAUUUAACCAAUCAGAUGUGAAGAAACGGUGUGAAGUUUAGGCUUUUGUACGUCAGUGUCAGUCAUCUGCCAUUGAAUCUGAUUUUAGGCAUUACUCAUGGGUGAUAUGAUCGGUAAAGACUAUAGUUUUAGAUUCAGAUGUUGUCCCGGAGGUUAACAAAAUCAUUAUUAUUUUAAUAAUAAUAUAAUUAUUUUAGCUGAAUGUUUGUUUUGUUAUAACAUGUUAUUUUCCCCCGGUGAAUGAUUGGCCCUCUGGAGACUUUUAUUAUGAAAGUGAUAUUGCUGAUACGUUUAUUGUGAAGUGCGGUUCAAGCAGAAGAAGAAGAAGAAGAAGAUGGAUGGGUUCACAGAGUCUCAGAGUACCGGAGCUCUUACCGUGUUUUCUGGAGAAAAUGCAAGGAAAACAAAAAGGAGAAAAGGCAAAAGUCAGAGCAAGAGCAAAGAGCGACCUCCCAAAGUGCUGUUAGUUUUUAGUUAUCUCAAAAGCCAAUUGGUUGCGCUCUAUAUGAGAGAUUUCUCUUCGGUCGAGCAGGGCGUGCAGAGACUGCAUUUUAUCAUCAGGACAUUCGAAGAAGAUUUCAGACGUGCUUCUGGAGCCAUCACGAACGCCUCGGUUGUGGAAGUGGCCGGAGGAUUGAUGGUGGGCUUGGGGUUACUUUUAGCUCCGGCGCAUCGGGGAGCUUCUGCUCUUAUCACGGGGGCCGGAGUAGCUGGGCUUUCAGGCGCUGCGAUCGCUGAUAAAGUCUGGAACAAGAAGAUCAUGGGCCUGCAGGACAAAUUAAUACGAGACGCUGAUGCUGCAGUGAAGGAAAUCCAGAAUAAAAUCAGCCCUAUGAUGGACGCGAUGAGAGAGAUCAGCAGGCAGGUUCACGAAAUACUGACAGACCUCAGUUACCCAGAGCGUGACGUCGGGUAUUUAAAUAAAUACUUCUCAUCUGCCGGUGAAUUAGUGCGCUUCUUACAGAUUUAUGACAUUAGUGUGCUGGCCGGGCAGAUAACGUCUCAAACAUGUCUGAUUGGAAACCGUUUCAUCGGAGCUCUGCCCAUUAGAACGGCUCUCGAAAUGAUGUGGAUAGAAAUAUUUCAGUUACAGAAUGCCAUGGAAGAAAUCACGAAAACGAUAGAUAGAAUAGCAGAUCAGCCUGAUUAAUGCAUUCACGUGUAAUAUCACAAACACCGCUUUUACUCUAUGUUAUAGGCAGACGGAUUCGUGUUUUGCGUCUCCAAAGAAGACUUGCGUUUUUAUUUGUGCACUCUAAUACAAGUGUCAAGUGAAUUACAUUGUUAUCGAUCUUUGUUUAAAAUAGCCCCGCUUGUUGAGAUACGUUUUAGCAGAAAAAGCCAUUUUCCGCGCUAAUGCUAGCAGUGGUGAAAAUAAACAAAGCAAAAAACAGGAAGCGUAUUUUAUUUAGCGAUCUUGAAGUCUGCCAAAUGCACGCCUUCGAUAAACUCAUUUUCAGUCUGAACAGCUUCUUAAGUAUGUUUUGUGCCGUUGCUGUCAUUUCCUUGUCUUGUACAAGAAUAGUUACUUUGAAAAGUGUACACUGAGGCCAUCUAUUGUCGAAAAAACACACUGAAACGCAGAAUGAGCGACCUUUUAAUGUUACUGCUGAUGCCAACGGUGUUGCAUUGAAAAAUAACUAAAGGAUCUUCAGCAGUUUCUGGAUGAGAAUAAAUAAAGAAAUGUUUUGUCUGAGGCAUGAAAAAUAAUUAAAUGUCCUAAUUGAGCUGUGGCCUAUUCCUGGUUUUCUGUCUAUGAAACCAAAAAUCAUUAUAUUUAAGGGGAAAAAACCGGGAUCGAAGGUCUUCUAUCAGGUGACCUCACAGAAAUCAUGUGCCAGGUGUAUUUAAAUCCAUGCGCUAACUCAAAUGACAUAAAUUACACUAAUAAUUAUAAAUGUAUCGAUCUGCUUUGUUUGCCACGGGACACAAAAGGCAGUUUUUUCCAAAAUGCUGUGACUGACAACAGAAUAAAAUACACUCUAACUUGAAACUUAGAUCGGGAUAGUAAUAAACGUAUUACUAAUUACUAAUUAACUAUAAUAUUUUCAGGAAUUAACUAUUUAUUCUGCAUCUGCAACGCAUCAUCCAUUAGUGAGGCUCUGAUUAUCAUCUAUUCACGGAGGUCCUUUAUAAAUCCCUUAACUUUCAUUUGGCUCUUGGUGAGCUUCAUCUUUGGACCAUAUAAGUGAAAGGAAGCUGUUCUGAAGGAGUGUAAUGUCUCUGAAAAUAAACCUUUGAUCCUUUGCAAGUUUUUAUUCUGUAUAUGGAUAUAUAUAGGUGAGCGUGCUUUAAUAUUUAGUUGAGAUUGUAAGAGUCUCAAAAGAAGCCCUUAUGAAAAAAUAAAAGAAGAGAAGUCUGAUCAACGUAAAUACACAUUCACUCGUCCAAAUCACAGCUGUACUUAUAAAAAAAGUUAUAAAAGUUUUAGAAAAGCGAUUUAUUUUAUACCAGUGUUUUUACCUGGAAGAUAAAAUAAAACUAGUUUUGCAGUGCACCAUAAACAAAACUUUUAUCUGCACAGCAAUACAAUCCUUUUAAAAGUUGGAUCAAAGAUGUAGUCAUGAGAUCUCUGUAAUCUUAUCUGUAAGAUAAUUCUCAAGACUCAUGAGCACACUUUGGCUGAGUUCAAAGGUUGUUUUCAUUGAAUGUUAAAAUGUUUCCUUAAUGUGUGUGACAUGAUUGAAUGAUGAAUGGGAUUAUUGAUUUAGACCCUUCUAAUGCCAUAAUUUCUAAUAUAUUUCCAAAACUUCAUCAAGUAAACCAAAACAAGUAGGCUUUGGUCGUUGGUGGCUGAAAAUAUCUCCACCUUUCUGGAUUACCUCAUGUUCUGGGAGCGCUCUCUCUGAGGAGACUAAGAGUAGGUGAAGAUCUUCUGUGAGGUGGACACAUUCAAACCAGAUUGCACUAUGAGUUUCGGACAACCAAGUCUUUCACCAUCCAGAUCAACCCUUAUUGAUCGAGGUCCUCCAAAACGAUUCCGUCUAGACACAGAGAGAAAAGUCCUUGAUGAAAAUGAGAAAGUCAGAAAAUGGACUUAUGGGUUAAAAGAUGCCAGUAAACGAAACCAAAUUGUUCUGCUGGUGGGAGAGACGGGCGCUGGUAAGACGACUCUCAUCAACACCAUGGUCAACUAUUUACUGGGCGUGAGGUUUGAGGAUGAAAUAUGGUAUGAAAUCACAGAGGAAGAAGCAAAGGACCAGUCAGAAUCACAAACCUCUGAAAUCACCAUGUAUGAGGUCUUUCCUGUAAAGAGUCCCAUGUCUCUCACCAUCAUUAUAGAUACUCCAGGCUACGGAGACACUAGAGGACUGGACAAAGACCUGGAAGUCGCUGAGAAUUUAUCUGCACUGUUUCAGAGCAAUGACGGAGUUCGUGAAGUCGACGCUGUGUGUUUCGUGAUUCAAGCAUCUAAGAAUCGUCUCUCAGACCGACAGCAUUAUAUUAUCAGUUCAAUUCUGUCUUUGUUUGGAAAAGACAUUGUGGACAACAUUGUGUUUUUAAUCACACACUCUGAUGGUCUUCCACCCAAAAAUGUCCUUGGUGCCAUUAAAAAAGCUAAAAUCCCCUGCAGACGAGACAAAAGUGGCGAUCCUGUUCAUUUCUUGUUCAACAACAGACAGGCUGAAGAACGUCACACCAGAGAACGUCAUGUUCGAGCUCAAAGAGUUGCCUGGGAAGACAGUGUGGAAGAGAUGAAGAAUUUACUUCAGUCUCUGGACCAAAAAGACAGAAGGAGUUUGGAGUUGACUUCAGACGUCCUGAUCGAGCGCGUUCGAUUUGAAGCAUCCAUCAGCAACUUACAGCUGCGAGUUCAAGAGAAAGAGUCAAAGAAGCUUAAAAAAGUUCAGAUCCAAGAGGCAAUGAGACAAAACAAAGAAAAGAUUGAUACAUGUACAAACUUUACCAUUAAAGUCAAAGAGACAGUGAAGAUGAAGGUGCCCAUUGAGAGUGAAUCAUGGAAGCACAGGAAGGCGACGACCUGCACCGUCUGUGAGGAAAACUGUCAUGAGUUUGACUGCUGGUGGGUUUCUAAUCCCAGCCAAUGUGAAGUUAUGAAAAAUGGCUACUGUACCGUGUGCACGGGAAGGUGUCACCACAGCAAACACCUCAAAGAAAACAAGAAAUACGUCAUCAGAAACUCCAGCAUGAUAUUUGAGUUUGCAGAAUUUAGAAAGGAAUAUUAUAAAGUUCAAGAGGAGUCGAAGAGGUUUUCGGUUAUAAUGGAUGACCUUGACCAUGAACUGGAGGCGCUUGAGGAACAAAAGUCAAAUCUUCUGUUUACUGCCUAUGACAACAUCAAGAAUCUGUCCAAGAUCGCAUUAAAACCAAACUCUGCCUUCACUCUUCAGCACCUGGACUUCUUCAUCCCCAGAGUGAGAGAAGCUGGGAAAGGAAACUGGGUCCAAGAGCUUGAAGAAAUGAAGAAAAACGCUGAAACUGAAGAAGCAAAUAAAGACGCUUUGAGUUAUCUUAAAGCUGGUCUGUCAAACUGGAACCUUUCUUCGGUGGGCACUGAAUGAAUACAAAUGGAAUUGUUUAAUGCAAUUGAAGACGACUGCUUACUGACUUGCUUAUCUCAAAUUACUUUUCACUAACAAAGCAAGCUUGGUAAUAUCUCCAAUCAUUAUCAUCAUUAAUUGUGGCUAAUGUACAUAAGUAGCCACAAACAAAGAUUUAUUCAUUAUGUUAAUUUUGAUUAAAUACUUUAGUUGAUAUCCAUUAACUCUUUUGCUUUUAUUUUGUUAUUUCACACUGUUUGUUGUACAACAUAAGUAAAAUAUCUAUGACCAAGUUAGCCAAACUUCUUCUAGCUCCUUACUCAUCCUGCAUAGAUACUCCAAAUAACCCCUAUAAUCCCUAAAGCCAACCUCACACUACACGAGUUUUAGGCCAGUUUAUCUCCAUGGUUCUGGUUACAGAAUCCCAAAGCAGUGCUGUGCCACUCUGCUUAUAUAUCCAGACCAGAAUCAAGGAAUUCUCAAUCAGUUGUGUAAAUUCCUCAAAUUAGAUUUAAUAGGAGGACUUUUAAGAAAUGUCUGAUCAGUUAGAAGAGAUAGCAUAUUUCUAAAUAUUUUUUUUAAUGCUUCCAACAUCAAAGCUCAAAACCACACACUCAAAUGUAAUUUUAUUACCAUUUAUUCCCAUAUUCACAUAUACGGGUGCAUCUUAAUAAAUUAGAAUGUCAUCAAAAAGAUCAUUUAUUUCAGUAAUUCGACUCAAAUUGUAAACCAGGCAUAAAUUUGCUAAUUUGCAGUGUGACAGGAAAAAGUCAUUUUACCGUAUUUACCUAUUUAGCGAAGAGAAAAAAUUAGUUUUGAAAAAAUAAAUUGAGAAAAAUUGCAUCCAGUUAUAGCUGAAUCAGCACUGUAGGUGUGAAUUGUCCAAUUGAGUGAGCUCAGUAGUGACACUAACUCUCCCCGUUUUUUUAUUAUAGAGUAUAUUUCAUUUAUUUAAAUUAGUAAUUUCACAUUUCCAAAAGAACCUGAUUGCAUUUUUUUCCUGUAAGAGUUCUUCCAACUCUUACUUAGUGUUCACUGUUUAUUACAUAAUAUCAGCUCAUUUUACAAUUACAGUGAAUAGAAGCAAAAAAAAUAUUUUUGCACCUAACAGAAUCUGAAUCUUCUGGUUGGCCUGUUGACCUGGCACAGUCUUUGUGUAGGAGUCAUGCAGGUGAUACACAUACUUUUGCAGACUACCUCAGAAUAUGAACACAAUGCGGACCUUUUACAUUUCUGUAGCCUACAUGUACCAUAUACACCUCCUGAACGUAAAAGUAAGUCUAUGGUUGGUUUACACUCCCGGUUCAUUAGAUGUUGUAGCUGCACUGGUCUAAUGAAAUGAUAGCUAUGCUUCGUACUGAUGUCUUUUGCUGUUUAUUUGUGUCUCUGCUCUCAGACACCGUGAAUACUACAAGAAAUAAAACAUAUAAAUAAUCAAACGCGCAGUCCUGUUUUACAGUCUCUCCUUCAAAUAUCAAUUGAUAUGCAAUCGAAGGAGACAAAUCUGAAUCCAAUUACGCCACUAACGUAACAUUGUUCACAAACUGAUACAAACAGCAUUAAACACUUUUUAAAAUAAUUUUUAAACAGUAAAGAGCUAGACUCACAGAAUUAACAAAUGGCAGCACCUGUUUUAGAUCAGGAAAAUAUACAUAAGAUAUAACAAUAGAUUAACUCAAAUGAACCAGCAAUUUAGUCAUAUCUACAGUUGUGGUCUUGAGGGUUUUUUUUAAAUAAACCUCUUAAUCUGAGACCAAGACAAGAGUAAGUACAAAUUCUGUCAAGAACAAAUAGAACAGAUUUCGGACAGAAGAGCUUGAAGAAAUGAAGAAAAACGCUGAAACUGAAGAAGCAAAUAAAGACGCUUUGAGUUAUCUUAAAGCUGGUCUGUCAAACUGGAACCUUUCUUCGGUGGGCACUGAAUGAAUACAAAUGGAAUUGUUUAAUGCAAUUGAAGACGACUGCUUACUGACUUGCUUAUCUCAAAUUACUUUUCACUAACAAAGCAAGCUUGGUAAUAUCUCCAAUCAUUAUCAUCAUUAAUUGUGGCUAAUGUACAUAAGUAGCCACAAACAAAGAUUUAUUCAUUAUGUUAAUUUUGAUUAAAUACUUUAGUUGAUAUCCAUUAACUCUUUUGCUUUUAUUUUGUUAUUUCACACUGUUUGUUGUACAACAUAAGUAAAAUAUCUAUGACCAAGUUAGCCAAACUUCUUCUAGCACUUUGUUUUAAAAGUACCACUGAAGUACCACACACUAGCUGCUACUACAAUCAAAACGUUUAUCUAUGAUGAAAGAACAAACAGUGAUCAUUCUUGAUUAUCUGCGUUUGGCGUCUUAGAGUUUGGGUUCAGUGCAUCUUGUAGCGUAUCCAGAAUCAUCUGAAGCUCAUCUGCAGCGUCUUUUAUUUUUGUCACAAAUUUCAUAGUCUCAGACUUCAGCUCCGCCUGCUGAGCGUUUGUAGUGUCACUGUUUGACCCUAUAGUUUGGUUGCUGGUGGACUUUGGCCGACUCGAUUUUAAAGCAUAAUCUCUGCGCAUGUUGUGGAUUUCUCUGGAGUCGAGAAACACGAAGAAGAUGUCAACAGCUAUGAAAAGCGCAGAUAAAACCCCAGUAACGGUCUCUGCCAUGCGAACCGCUCUUGCAGCCUGAGCUGCGAUUUUCCCUACGUUUACAAUUUGAGUUAAACGAAGAAGCUCCGGGAUUCCUCCCAGUCCUCGUCCAAGUCGAGCUCCAACACUCAUCCCAGACUGCGGAUUGGAAAGUGAUCCACUGCUUGUUGAAAAGUCUUUUUCUAGAGUUUCAACUGCUAUUGAGAUGUUUUGGAUGCAGCAUACAGUGGAGGUGAUUUUGUCCUGGAACUCUGUUAUAAUCAUUUUAAUCUUUUGUCGGUUGGUUUGCUGGCUAACCAUGUUUGUUAUAUUGCUGGCACCAGCUGCUAUUCCACCAGCUACUGCCGUACCGAUUCCCACUCCUGUUACUAUCAGAGAUGCUCCGAGAGUGAAGGGAGCCAGAAUGAGUCCCACCACGGAUGUGAUUCCUCCAGCCAGACCGACUACACCUCCUGUGAGACUGCUGACGGUUGUGUUGAAGUGGACCAUCUCCAAUCCUUCUGCCAACUUUCUUAGUACAUCUAGAAUCUUAUAAAGCUCAAUGAUGUUUUUAACACUCUGAAAAACAAUCAAAUGGUAAAAAUUAGGCCUGCAUGAUUAAUCUAACGUGGUUGUCAUGCGAUCUUUCAAUCUAGAAGAGUUCUGAGAUCAGUGGUAUCUCCAUACAAAGACUAGAGGGCGCUUAAAUACAAAUAUGUCCCGCACAACAAAGAUUAUGCACCUCAAAUUGACGAGGAGCUGUGGAACACUGUUUUAGCCAAAAUUAACUAUAGUGCUCGCUUAAAUCUCUUCAGUUUAAAGUUGUUUACAGAAUUCAUUUCACUAAAGCAAAUAAAAUAAAAAAACUUUUAUCAGAA